AUGGCGCUGCACUCUCCUCACAAGUAUAAGCAUAAUCGGUCAAAGAGUAUUCCCUCAAGCCCAAAAGGGCACCAAAGUCUCACAGGCACACUUGUAGUUGAGGUGGAAAGAUUGGAAGAGUCUUGUUCUUUUUCAUCAUCUAUUGGAGCAGAUUGGUUUGGCCAAGCAUUGGAGGUGGCGAUCAAUUGCUAUUCCAAUUUGUCAAACAUGCAGAUAGAUAUGGAAGGUGUUGGGAGCAAAUGGAUCAACGCACAUCUGGAUGACAUACUUCAUCUGCUUGAAACGUGCAAUUUGUUGAGGGACAGCAUUACAGAGAUCAGGAAGCAACACACGAGUGUUCAGGUAGCCAUUCGUGGCCUUGGCCGUGAUCUUACUCCCUCUGCCCAUACCCUUGAAAGGGCACUUACCGCCUUUGCCAUUUGGCUGAGUAAGAAGAAGGACACACACACUCAGCUGGAGAAUUGCAUGUCCACUUUGAGGCGAAUGGCAGAGAAGCUCAAAAUUGAGGAUAAAGCAGGAUUAGCACAAGCUGCCAUCAACAUCAACCAUGCCAAGGCCAUCACCGUGAUGAUCUUCUCUGCCCUUGUCACUGCUCUUUCAUUCAAGACAUCCCACAUGAGGAUGGCAUCUCUUCCUCUUCCUGCCCAUUUUACUUGUCUACAACACAAGCUAAGGGAGGCACUUAAGACGAGAAAGAGGUCAUCAUCAUCAUCAUCAAGGUCCCUGCGCGAGUUACAGGCAGCAGAUAUCGCACUGGGAGAUCUGAACAAUCUUCUCAACUCCAGGUCCAAAUUGCAGCUUCCGCUUCAUCUCUCUCCCUCCACAUUGGCACUCAAUGACUUGGAAACCGCUCUUCCCCAACUUGAACACACAAUCAACCAGCUAUUCAAUUCUCUCAUCUCUGCCAGAUUUGCAGUAUUGAACAACCUUUCUUCUCAGUGA